AUGAGUGCAACGAGCCAUCAUUUGUCAGUCGUUAUAUCUCUAACAAGCAUGUUGAUUUCUUGGAUUGUGGCCCUUAAUAUGGUAACCUAUGCAGGCUCGAUGAGUUCUUGCCGAACAACAGACGGUCAGUAUGAUGUCACUGUGAAUUACUGUGGUAAAAAUGGUAAAGAAAAUCCUGAAUCGCCAGUUAUUGCAUUUUACGCCUUCGUGUCAAAAAUGAUAAAAAAUCCGGGGGUUGGUCGACGACUGAUAUUUGAUGUAGUGAAAACAAACCAGGGUAGUGGAUAUAACAGCCAUACAGGUGUUUUUAUCUGUCCCAAAACUGGGAUUUACGUGUUUGUGUGGGUUGUUAGAUUGUAUUCUGCAAGACAUUCAACUGAGUUAAUGGUUAAUAAUUCCGUGUAUGGAUCCCUUUACCUUCGCAACACAAAUUCCGAUGGUACAGUUAGCGGUACUGUUGUUGCCCAUGUGUCGAAGGGCGGUAGCGUUUACGUUCGUAUACACUCUUCCCACGAAGGUUCGGGUAUUAUAAACAGUAAUGAAUAUGGUAAAACAACAUUUUCUGGAUGGUUACUGAACUAAGCAGUUUGGUAUAAUUAAUAAAUGAAAUAUUUCAAA